AGUGACGUCACAACGAUAAACCUGUUUACUUGACGGAUGACAGAUCCACUGAACGGUUUCUCAAAGGCAAGGAGGCGUCUUUCGGCAGCCGCUCGAUUUCUGCCGAACGAACUACCAUAUUGAUUAGGUAGUUGGAAAUACCCGGUGAUCUUUCGGUAAGGAAAAUGAGCGGCGAAGUGGGAGUUUCGGUUGUCAUCGAGAAACCUGAAAGUCCUGUCUCCUCGGAUGGGAGCGAUCGGCACGUUGGAAACCAUGCCGUUAGAGAUCGUGACGAGGAAGGUCCGAUGCAUGCCUCGGAAGCGCCUAUUGUCCUGGUCGCACCGUCACUUCGUGUCGAACAACUUAAAGACGAGGAUGCCGUGAGCAGUGUCUACACAAGCGAGGAAGAGGGAGGAAGCCACAUUUCAGAUGACGGUGAUCAUGAAAGGUCAGGCGGUACUGACUUCCCAAUUCCAGACGACGAACUUCGAGACAAAAUAAUCAAACAAGCUGAGUUUUACUUUUCUGACGCCAACAUUCUGAAAGAUUCAUUUCUGUUAAAACACGUUCGUCGAAACAAAAUGGGGUAUGUUAGCAUUAAACUUAUAACAUCCUUCAAGAAAGUAAAAACGUUGACAAAGGACUAUCGCGUUGUGGACAGCUUGCGCCAGUCAGAAGAACUCGAAGUUAAUGAAGAAGGCACAAAGGUAAGACGAAAGAGUCCGCUCCCAGAGUACGACGAAACGACUCCUUCAAGAACGGUUGUGGCAGUAAAUUUACCUCAAGAUAAUCCGACCAUUGAAUCUGUGGCCGAAAUCUUUUCAAAGUGUGGUGAUGUGGCCUUGAUCAGGAUUCUGCGUCCAGGUAAGCCUGUACCGGCAGAUGUGAAAAAGUAUGCCACAAAGCAUCCUGAAAUUGGCACAACAACAUGUGCAGUGAUUGAGUUUGAAAAGCAUGAGCAUGCCAAAGCUGCAUGUGAUACAAUGACAAAUACUGAAGACUGGCGAAAUGGCAUGCGUGUAGUGUUGCUUGCUGUUCCAAAGAAAAAGAAGGAUGAAAUCAAAGAUGGUGAAGCAUCAGGUGAAGAAGGGAUGAAUGAUGAGAAGAAGAAAAAAAAGCGUGCAGGGCGUAAAAAGAAGACACGGGUGGAUGAACUUUCAAUUGAAAAUGACUCUUCAUGUUACAGCAGUGGUUCUGAAGGUGAUGGCCCAGGUGUUCCUAGAACACUAAAUCGUUCCACAGACUCAAAUCACCUGAGCCCACAUACCACCCCACGAUCAUCUCCUCGCUCUAGUCCUCGUCCACAUCGUGUUCACGGUAAAUCACCACUGACAGAUGGAACUACUGGUAAUGAUGCUCAGAGAAUGAGCCCUCGCAGCAGCCCAGAAAUGUCUCGCCGUAAGAAUCAGGAACCAUGUACUGGUGAAAGUGCACCAUCAAGUCCUUGGGUGCAGCGCAGGCUUCGUGCUGCACAGCAGGACACAAACACCAGCCCCAUAAGCAGUCCUUUGAUGGGUCGUCGAAACUUGGAUGGAACCAUUAUACCUGGAACCUCUCCCAAGAUGCUGGACAUGACAGGUGUGGUACGCCAGCCUCGAGGCCCAGAUGGGUCCAAAGGAUUUUAUGGAGGACUUGGUCGUGGUAAGCCACGCAGCAAUACCAUAGCAUGAAUAGUGUAGAACAGAGGAAAGUGUGCAGGAGAGAAUGUUAUCUUGGAUGGCAAUAAUUUGUUGGGUGUUGAAUUAAUAGUUAAAAUUUUAAAAAAUAUAUAUAUAUUAGAACUAGCACAAGACAAUACAUGAACAGCUACUGCAAGUUUAAGAGACUCUAGUAACAGUAAUUUCACUCCCCUCCCCCUAAACUUUUUUUAACCAAUUUUUACACCACUUUUUUUCCAAAAGUCAAACUAGUUUGUUUACAUGGUUUGCCAUAUCAGUUAAAAGUAGGUCACUAUGACGUACAGAAAUGUUAGCAUCUACAUCAGUAGAUCCAUUUGUUCAGAAAUGAAAAUUGAAAUCUGCAUAUUAGUUUAAGCAAGGCAAUGAGAUUGCAGAAUCCAAUAACAUUUUAAACUAUAAAGUGCAAUCCUUUUAGGUGUUUCAGUUGUGCACAAUAUUAUUCCAAAGCAGUCCACAUGCAGAGGAACUCGUAUACCUUUGCAUAUUAUUUAUCAUGUGCUUGCAUUCCUUUGUCAGGAUUGAGUAUUGUGCAUAAUUGUCUCCCCAUAUGUUUCGCUGACAUUUUACUAGAAAACGAGCAGUUGAAGUGUCUUAAAAAGACGCAAGUGACUGUACUGUAAUAAUGGAGAACCUGGUGCUCAAUAUGCUUCAUUACAUGCUGUCUUAUUUGUGACCUUUUAGUUUUAUCAGUCUUUUAGGAGUGCUUUGAAAAUAUCCCAAGCCUCCAUUUAAAAUCAAGAGUACAUUUCUUUGCAGUGAUACUGAUUUGUCAUAACAGGCACUGUAUAGCAUAAGUAAACAUAAUUACACAUAUGUUUUACUUUCAAAUGGACUGUUGAAUUUUAUUCCCUUGAGAUCUGACCUGUGUGCUGUGUCCGAUACAAAUUAGUUUUAAAGACAGAACUGCUCAAAAAAAAAAUUUUUGUGUACUUGUUGACCAUUUUUAUGCAAAGCUUAGCAAGUUUCAUAAUUUACUAAUACAAGAAAAAUUAAUGUGAUUGUGACAUGCAUAUAAAUGAUCGAUUGACAGAACGAUUGUCUGGUUGUAUGAUUAGCAUGCAUGUGGCAAGGAUUGUACAUAAUUUACUAAAGGACUUGUGUUUGAUAAGUUAUUGUUUGUAAGUUUGAAAUUAAUAUGCAUUAAAUCAAAAGUUCUAGUCACCUGUUGGCAGUUUUCAUGUUACUGCAUGAUGUUGUAUCUACUUCACAAAAUCACUUUGCUUGUUGCAACUGUUUCACACUCAUCUGCAUGGAAAACAGCCUAAUUAUGCAUGGCAGAGGUGCAUUUAUAUCAAAAAGCAGCUCAUCGGUGCUAAGGAAACUUAGUGUUUGUGCUAUAAAAUAGAAGUAUCCAGUCAUCAUGCAUCUGACCUCAGGUGUAUCCACACUGUGGUGAAAUGUGGCCUUUUUAAGUAAAAAUAAUGGUCAUUACACCUAAUAUAUAUUUGUUAACUUGAUUGUUUAACAUGCAUCUGAAGAAACUAUGCAUUUUGAACUUCAAUUUUGUGAUUGUUGAAGAUUUAACAUGUCCAUCAACUAUACUUUGUCAAAACAUUAUGCUGACUUAUGCUUUCCUGUUCAUGGGUGCAAGAACUUUUGUUGCUCAAGAAGCUGUCAGUCUGUUUUUGUUUUUUGGUGGUUUCUGAGAAUGUGAGGGAGGCAAAUUGGUGUAUCCUCUCCACUAUUUGUUAAUUGCUUGAGAAGGCUUAUGUAUUCAUGAAUGUGGAGGGAUGUUUGAAUGUGUGCACGUCCACUUGUUUAUCAACAAACCUUGGCCUUUUAAAAAAAGCAUAAGUUGUGCUUUUAGUUUUCCUCCAUAAUGUGUUACAGGGGUAAGAAGCAUGACAACUUUUAUUAAAGGUUUAUGAAUAAAUUAGAAAUAACCAUAAAUUAUGGUAGUUUCACACAAAAAAUGUCUUUUAAGACAACAAUUAUAUUUAGGUUUUUAAAAUUGUGUCUGCAUGUGCACAUGCGCUGAUUAUGAAAUAAAGAUUAGGGUUCAAA